CUUUCUAACGGCGACAAGCGGGUGAUUGUGCAAUAUUUAUGUACAGUGGCCGCCAAGACGGUUUCCGCCGUGGUGGUGGUGUGGUACAUCAAUCUUAUCGAAAAUCAUACCAAAUCGUUAGCGAAGUACAGAGAACGUUGGGUUUGAUGUGCACAGAAUGCCAAACACAAACGAAAGCUCGCAUUCCGGCACAACUACGACGGCGGUGGCAGCGGCAGCAGCAGCGGCAGCAAAUGCUGGAGAUGACCUCGGUAGCACAGAUGAGGUGAAAGUGUUUAAGGACGAAGGCGACCGGGAGGAUGAGAAGGCUUCGUCUGAGAACCUGCUAGAAGAAAAGUUUAACUUGAUCGAUCUGACGGAAAGUGCAGAGAAUCUUGUGAAAAACUCAUCUGCUCGCCAGGACCUCAGCCCCACGUAUGUGCCCGUCACCCGUUCCGAGCCCACGCCGAAUGGAAGUGGUGCAGCCGGUGGCAGCGGUGGUACUAGCAGUGCAGGAAAGCUCAAUUCUCCGAACCAUUCGCCUAGUUUCACCGGGAUGGGUUAUUUGCCACCAUAUCAAUACUCCAGCGGGACCGCCAGUGCAUUGCAGGCGGCUGGUUCGAUGGGAAAAGGUGCUUUGGGGUUGUCGCAGUUCUUUUGUAAUGAGGAUGUGCUUUCGAAUCCUCCACCAGCACACUGUGGCAUUUUGCCCUACCAGCUUGAUUCGAAAGCGAUCGGACUCUCUGCUCGACAGUCGUUGUAUUCUUUCUCCACCAGCCAGUAUCCGUACCCGUCGAUUCUAUCCUCCAACAUGUUGCCAGUACCACCGUCAUGGCACACACCAUCCAUGUACUCUACUGCACCGAGCUUCCGCAAUUCGUAUCCCUCCUCAUUGCAGAUUUACACCACAUUGGCCAGCGAUCUAUAUUCGCGCUAUCAAUCCUCGCAGUCGCUGCUUAAUUCAGUCCACUCUCACAACGUGCUUAAUCAAAGUCUGCAGCAGGUCAAACAGGAAUCGGGAGUGAGCUUAGUGGGAGCGGGUGGGAAUGGGAUUGGGCAAGAUGUCGGGCUCGGGCACAAUUACAGCGUGCGGCAACACGUGCUAAGCCCGGGAAGUAAAACGGUGGGAGUUGAUCUGCCCCAAGAGUUGACAAAUCGUUUUGGUCGAGCACAAAGCGUCGGAAGCACAGGAAGUGGUGGUGGUGGAGGUGGAGGCGGUGGCAGUAGCGCAAUCGGUAACGGAGCUAGCAGUGGAGGAAGUAGUGGGAGUGGAGCGGUCAGCGGUGGCUCAAAGAAAAAGUGCGCAUCCGAGCGAACUCACCAGCCGCAACAGGCACAACAACAGAAUCAGCAACAAGCAAACCGGCCACAUAUCAAGAAACCACUCAAUGCAUUCAUGUUGUACAUGAAAGAAAUGCGUGCUAAGGUGGUGGCCGAAUGCACGCUGAAAGAAUCUGCCGCUAUUAAUCAGAUUCUUGGUCGCAAAUGGCAUUCGUUGUCGCGGGACGAGCAAAGCGUUUACUACGAUAAAGCGCGCCAGGAACGGCAGCUUCAUAUGGAAAUGUAUCCCGGGUGGACGGCUCGAGAUAACUAUGGAUACGGUUCGAAAAAAAAGCGGAAAGCGAAAAAGAAGGAUCAGCUGGGCGGUGAACCUCCUAGCAGGCUUAUCAAAAACGAAACGGGUCGUGCCAUUUUGCGUGUGAUUUCUGGACCAAGGGCCUUCAAAAUCGUACUGUUUGCUCGCCUAACGCCAAUACCUUUCGGUCUGCAAAAUACCAUAUUUGGAAUAAGUUCUGUAAACACACGGAGUUACCAUACAGGGACGGUAAUUGGGCUGCUCCCAGCCCAAACUAUCAACGUUUAUCUUGGCUCAAAAUUGCGUUCAAUUCAUGAAGUGCUAAAUGAUCACAAUGCUGCUCUGGGCCUCGCUGGAUACGGUGUAUUUGUAGUAGAGGUGAUUGUUGGUGCGGCUCUUAUGAUAUGGGUGAUACAGAAGGCCCGUUUGGAACUUUCAGCAGCCCUGCUUUCAUCGGCCGAUGUUAAUUCUGAUGAAAAAAUUUUAAUUGAAAUUGAGGCAUAGUUAUGGCAUAACUGCAAGUAACGGCUCGACUGUGUGCGAGUCUUCCUCG